AUGGGCAUACGUGGCAAACAUUAUCACCCCCUCCAUGUACCCUUUGGCGAACCUAGGGGUCCUGUUCUCCAGCAGAUCCGCGAAUUCAAUCCAUUACCAAAUCAACCCCGCUCUAACCCGAGUUGGCUUCCCCCACCUCCAACUCAACCAUCUCCUGCAGGUACAUCGGCGACAGCCGCCGCCACGACAGCUGCCCGGGUCACCCCAUCUCAAGUCGGCAUGACGACAUCCACCAUGGUGUCGGUCCCCGCCUCUGUUCCAGCGUCUCGACCGUUACCUCCCCCAAUGGUAACCAUGUCGAUGCCUCUACCCGUUACACUUCCGGCACAAGGAUCAGCGCCAGUAGCUGAGAUGCCAUGGGACCAGUUCUUCUCUCAGCAAGUCGUCCAACCUGUCGUUAACGUAGUCACUUCGGCGCCGGGAGCACCCCCCCCAGUUGAUGACAGUUCCUCUGGCCAGCCAGGCGCCACAAGCAGCAUUACCAAACGCCCUAAUGCGACCUGA